UAUCAUCGACCGUGGUUGCAGGUGCGGCGAGCCCCGUUCCCAGGCACGCUCUGUACGCCCGUGCAAGCCGACGGGGAGGAGCUGCGGGGCUGGCCUCUAGCGCGGGUUUGGGUGGGGCCGGGAACAACAUGAGUAACAAGGUUAAUCGAGAGCUGCUCAAUGAGUGCAUCAAUAAGGUCAUCGAGCAGUCGGCCAGCCAGAAACGCAAGUUCGUCGAGACGGUAGAGAUGCAAAUCGCUCUCAAGAACAUGAAUCCCCACAAGACCAAGCCCACAUCCGGCACAUUUAGGGUGAAACACUGCUUGAAGCCCAACUUCAAGGUGUGCGUCAUCGGAAACCACAAACACCGCGAGGAGGCCCGAGCAAACGGCGUCGACUUCAUCGACAUGGAGAUCGUCCAGAGGAUGAAGAAGCGGCCCAGCUUCGCCAGGAGAAUUAUCAAGAAGUACGACGGCUUCCUUGGGUCGACCGCCAUCCUGAAGGACGUCACCGACCUCGUGGGUCCCAUGAUGAAAAAGGCGGGCAAGCUGCCAUUGCCGCUGGAGGACGACGAUUGCUUGCGCCAGAAGAUCCACGAGGUGAAGACGACCAUGAGGUUCCAAAUGAAGAGGGUGUUGUGGCUCGCGGUGUCCGUCGGCAACGUCAAUAUGGCGCCCGAAAUGCUUGCCGAGAACAUUGACGAAGCCAUCAGAUCGCUGCUGACGCUGCUGAAGAGGGACUGGCAGAACGUCAAGUCCCUCCACAUCAAGUCCACCAUGGGACCUGCUCAGCGAAUCUACUGACCGUCCCUCGCUCGGUGGUCCAGCUUGAAAAAAAAAAAAGAUAGCGGUAAAUAAAGCUGCGACUUUAAAGGCCCUACCAA